UUUUUUUUUACUUGCCCACCAAUUUUACCCUAAUUUUGGGUGCAAAAAUAUGCGUUUGCUUGUCCCUCAAAUCUGAAAGUUUUGAACUUGUUCUUCGUACCGUGGAGUUUUGUGUAGACAAUGGACUCGGAGGAGAUGGAUCUCUUCAGCAAGUUACCGGACGAGGUUAUUUCUCAUAUCUUGUCAUCCCUUCCAACGAAGGAGGCUGCUUCAACAUCGGUUCUUGCAAAGAAGUGGCGCUAUCUGUUUGCGUUUGUCCCUAGUAUCGAUUUCGAUGACUCUGAUUUUCUGCAUCCCGAAGAGGGUAAACGGGAAAAGGACGGUAUUCUUCAGAGUUUCAUGGAUUUCGUGGAUAGGGUUUUGGCAUUGCAGGGUGAUUCUCCCAUUAAGAAGUUCUCCCUAAAUGUUAAAACUGGUGUUGAUCCUGAUCGUGUGGAUCGUUGGAUAUGUAAUGUGUUGUAACGCGGUGUCUCUCACCUUGAUCUAUUCAUGGACUUUGAUGAAGAUUAUUCGCUGCCUUACCAGAUAUCUGUCAGUAAGACAUUAGUUGAGCUGAAAACAGGGUACGGAGUUGAUCUUUAUUCGUGGGACGAUGACAUGUUCCUACCGAUGCUUAAGACUCUUGUUCUUCAAUCAGUUGGGUUUGGUAGGGGUCAGUUUCAGACACUUCUUCCUGCUUGCCCUGUCCUUGAAGAAUUAAUGCUUCUUGAUAUGGAGUGGAAAGAUAGGAAUGUGAUCUUGUCAAGUUCAAGCCUCAAGAAGCUUGAGAUUACCUCUGAAGAUGGCUGUUUAGGCACUUUUUCAUUCGAUACACCGAAUCUUGUUUUCUUAGACUACUAUGAUUCCGUUGCAGAGGAUUAUCCAAAAGUAAACUUGACAAACUUAGUUGAGGUUGGGAUGAACCUUGCUCUUACUUAUGAUCGAAUCCAUCGAGCAAGAGAUAAUGUGUGGAAGCUUAUUCAUGGAAUUCGAAAUGCUCAGAUAUUUCACAUAUCUCCUGUUACUUUCGAGGUGCUUUCUCUUUGCUGUGAAGCGAUGCCGGUUUUCAAAAACCUUACCAUGUUAAAUAUUAGGAGUGUGAUGCUGCAAGGAUGGCAAGCAAUGCCACUUCUUCUAAGGAACUGUCCAAAUUUGGAAACUCUAAUCCUUGGGGGACUCUUACACACUGUAACAGAAAAAUGCGGGGAUGUUUGUGACUGCAUUCCUAGGAAGAAGAAAGGUCGUUCGCUCAUGGCUUGCCCUGUGAAUAAGAUACAGAUUCAAGGAUUUAGAGGAACAAUCAGAGAGGUGCACGUGAUAAAGCACUUCUUGGAAUAUUGUCCAGGUUUGAAGGAGAUGGAGAUAUUUGUCGAAGAAAAGGACAAAUGGUUUGAACUUGUGGAGGAUACGCUGAUGCAAUACAACGAUAUGUCGAGUUGCACAGUUAAUUUCAGGGUGCUGGCUCCCUUGUACUGGAGGUGGACUCGAAAGUGAAGUCUUGGCGGAUGAAAACUUGCUUUCGUUUUGUUUCUCUUUUUAGCUUUUAUUUUGCUUAAGUACGAUUUGAUUCAUGUACUAGACAGAACCAUUCCUGCUUCUCUACAAUUUCAAAUAUUUACGUGUUCACAAUCUUUAGCUUUUUAAUAGAGGACUGUUCUACGUUUACUAGAGACAUUUCCAUGUCUUGAGAAUUGGUGAAGGUUCUUGCUUCGGUAAAAAAUGACAAGAAAGUUUCGACUCAUGAAUCAGUUUGUGUUAACUGCUUUUUGGUUACAGUUUGCUCUGUUUUCUAGUGUUUUUAUCAUCCUCUAUUCCUCUGUUUUGAAGGGUUUGUUUUAAAUUUUAAUAUGAUUUUCAAACAAUUUAGUUUUGCUUUGAUGGCUACCUAGUUGAGUUUUAUAACCGAUCAAAACCCAAUUUAAUCUUACUCAAACUAACAAAAAUUGUUCACAGUAUAGUUUAAUCACCUAUAACGAGCUUGACCCAGCUCAUUAUGCUCAUGUCAACCGUUGUCUAUGUGAGGUGGUGAAGCGUGAAACUUGACUUUAUUGUUAAACAAGGAUAUGCAUUGUUUUGAUUAAAACCAUUAUUUUCUUAAAUUUUUAAGUG